CGGGCGUCUCUGCCCGUUGUCGCUGCCCACAACGUCUCCGCUUGUCGCUGCCACCCACAGCGUCUUCGCCCGUCACCUCGUCGCCCAGUCGUCGCGUCGCCGCUCGUUUCCAGUGUUUUUCCCUCCUGCCACAGCCACCUCCGCUGCUCUUAGACAUGAUACCAGGAGGUCGUCGUCGCUUACUUCAGUCUAGGCUAUCCAUGACAUCAUCCCGCGAGGAUGAUGGGUCAUCCUCGAGAGCGAUAGAGCACGUCGGUGCUGAUGCAGCACCAUCACCGUUUGAGCCCUUGGGACCCCAGCCUGACAUGGAUCCAUCAGUUAGGGAUCAAGCCCAAGCAUCGACCUCUAUGACGCAGACAACGAGUUCAGGCCAUGGCGCAGCGAAGAACAUUGCGCUAAAGAAGCACCUAGAGAGGACUGGGCAGCGGAUCCGUAUCGACAUUCCUCCAAGCUUCACAGCCCCGCUUGACAAUUGGUGCAUAGCCUGGUCACGGGAGCUUGGCAUUAUAUAUCGACAAUAUGCUCCAGUCACCUACUUCACCUGGCCAAAGGUGACGGAGGCUCAGCACUUGGUUCUAUAUGAGCGCAUCUUGACCAUGUCAAAAAGGCGGUGAACACGCAGUUGUGCUCUCAGUUUAAGACCUAUCGCAGCAAAAUGCACAACCAUUUUAGGGAUAUGGGAGAUGAGGUAGAAGCACACCCAUACGAUAAGAUCUCCCUCGAGGAUUGGCGGGUGGUGUGUCGCCAUUUUUGCGAUCCUAACUAUCAGGUGAUGUGUUCUAUUAAUUACAAUAACUACUUUUUCAUAUUUAUAUGACUAAUAAAAAGUCAUUACAUUUAUUUUGUAGGAUACCUAUGAAAAAAAAUGUUGCGAAUCGCAGUAAACUAGAUACGAUGCAUUGUAGUGGCUCGAAGUUAUUCUUCAAUCAUCGAAAGGGUUUGCGAUCGUCACAACAUCAGCACGAUGUCAUGCACUAUAGUCGGAUGCAACUUUUGACUUUUUUUGUUAUCUGAAAUAGAUGAAAUUUCUAUAUUUGAAUUUGAAUUUGUAUAAUGUAUUUGUAUUUAAAUUUUAAUUUGAAUUUGUAAUAAUUUUUAAAUUUUUUAGCAAUUAUGGUUUAAUGUUAUGUAUGCGAAAAUGUAAUUGUAG